AACUGUCGGUGUCUCGUCCAACAAUCUUCUAUCCAAACACUGCAUGCAAUCAGGAUCUACCAUUCAUCUUCAAAAUCAAUGGUGGAGACACCGAUCACUUUAAAAUGUGAUUUGGAAGACAGUAGAUCUCAUGCCACGGUUUCCUGCUUCACUUUCCCGCACGAAACGUUCAAGGCGUCAUUUUCUUCACUCUGCGCUGCCACCACUCACUAGCUUCCACUAGUGAACAAAGAGUCCUGCUAUCCCCACUUUCAUUGUCCUCUUGCAAGUAAAUAGUAGAAGAUGGGCCUCACCUGCCGUUGCGAACCUUACAUAAGCAGAGAUUUCAGCUUCAGUUUCCGUCCAUGGAUGCUUGAAUUCUUUGAAGAAGACCAGUUGGAGCUUCUUGGUGCCGGGUCCGGGAGAUGGGCUGCUUCCGUCCGAGAAACCUCGCCGUGUUCAGGCAAUUGCUCCUUGCGGCGGGCCUGGUUCUGGCCCUGCAUGCGAAAGUUCACCACAUUGAUGCCAAAUGCGAAUUUGAUGCGAUCUUCAACUUCGGCGACUCCAAUUCCGACACCGGUGGGUUCUACGCGGCCUUUCCGGCACAGUCGAGUCCCUGGGGGAUGACGUACUUCGGGAUGCCCACCGGCCGGGCGUCGGACGGGAGAUUGGUAGUCGAUUUCUUGGCUCAGGCAUUAGGUUUGCCGUUCUUGAGCCCAUAUCUUCAAGCCCUCGGCUCAGACUUUACGCAUGGAGCCAACUUCGCCACACUGGCAUCAACAGUGCUCUUGCCCAACACCUCCUUAUUCGUGACCGGGAUCAGCCCCUUCUCUCUUGCAAUCCAACGGAACCAGAUGAAGGAAUUCAAGGCUCGGGUCACACAGCUCCGGUUCCAAGGCAAAGACACAAAAGGCCUUCCACCAUUGAACGUGUUUGGCAAAUCACUGUACACCUUCAACAUCGGACAGAAUGACUUUACAUCAAAUUUGGCAGCCAUUGGAAUAGAAGGAGUAAAGCAGUAUCUACCUGAUGUUGUUAAUGAGAUUGCAUGGACUAUCAAAGUCCUUUAUGAUGAAGGCGGCCGGACGUUCCUGGUGCAGAACCUGGCACCCAUUGGCUGCUACCCGGCGUUCCUGGUGGAGCUGCCCCACGGCCGGUCCGACCUUGAUGAGUACGGAUGCAUGACCUCCUACAACGAUGCGGUCUCCUAUUACAACAGCUUGCUCAAGGGGAGGCUCGAUCAGCUCAGGCCACAACUCCCCCAAGCCUCAGUGAUCUAUGUGGACACACACACCGUCGAACUUGAGCUCUUCCGGAACCCAACCCACCACGGGUUGAAGUAUGGAACAAGGGCGUGUUGUGGGCAUGGCGGCGACCCCUAUAAUUUCGAUCCAAGAGUUUUCUGUGGAAAUACAAAGGUCAUCAAUGGCAGCACGGUGACGGCAUCCGCCUGUUCCGAUCCUCAGAACUAUGUCAGUUGGGAUGGAAUUCACUUCUCAGAAGCAGCAAACAAGGCCAUAGCCUAUGCAAUCCUUAGUGGCGACUACUUCUCUCCUUCCUUCCCCAUCGGGAAGCUCUGUGAUCUGCAACCCAUCGGCUGAUUUAGUUUCAGAAAAGAAUCGGAUGACGAAGAGACGUGAUGCUUGAAUUGCUAGAAACAAAAGAAGCAGAAGGCAAUUUCCAUGAUUAUAAUGCUUGAAUUGCUUAUAAUAAACCCAUAAAGGUUAGCCUUAUUAA